GAACUAUCAAUAAACACAAUUCGAACGUCGAAGAAAGUGGAGCUCAACUGGCUUAUAAACAUCCAACAUACAAACAUACAAAUCUACACAAACAAAAUGAAUUUCAACAAGAUUUUCGUACUCUUGGCUGUCUUCGUUGCCAUCUUCGCUGGACAAACCGAGGCGGGAUGGUUGAAAAAGAUUGGCAAGAAAAUUGAGCGUGUUGGUCAACAUACACGAGAUGCCACCAUUCAGACUAUCGCUGUAGCGCAACAAGCAGCAAAUGUUGCGGCAACAUUGAAGGGAUAAACUAAUUAAAUAGCGGAAGCUGUUACAACUAAUAUUUAUAUACGUUAGCUAAACUUAAUAUUUAUUUAUUUAAGAAAUUGUAUGACUGAAUCAUGAAAAUUAAAAUAAAAUUAUUUUAAUAAAACAUAAUUUUCCAAAAAUA